CAGGUAUGGCAAGCUAGUAAACAAAAAGCUCAGAAAGCCUGGAGUGUGUAUGGAAACAUUGAUAUCUUGAGGCCAUAUUUUGAUGUAGAACCAAGACAAGUACAAAGAAGAUUAAUAUACUCAUUGAUACCACAAAAACCAACAUCACAAAGACAGAGUAUACCCAGAGAAUUGUAUGGACCUAUAAUGGUGAUAUUUACUCUUGUGGCUUUAUUGUUAUUUCAAAUGAAGAGUUCCGAUCACAGAGUUGAAGAAGGUACAUUAAUGGGUACAGCAUUUGGUGUAUGUUUUAUUUAUUGGUUUGGUUCAGCUGGUUUAAUAUGGUUAUUAUCUUAUAUUUGUGGUGUCAGAAUAGCUAUGUUACAGAUUUUAUCUAUGUUGGGAUAUGCCUUAUUUAGUCAUUGUAUUGUGUUAUUUUUGGGUACUGUUGUACAUACAUCACAUGAUCAUAUGUUAUUUUAUUUAACAUGGGCAAUACUUGGUGGCCUUUCUACACUUAAAAUGGCCUGUAUUAUAUUCUCAAGAGCCAGUGGGAAAACAGAAAGAAUCAUGGUGAUAGCAUUAAUAGCUAUAUUACAUCUAUCAUUUUUACUCUAUUUACAUUUUGCCUAUCAUUCAGUUGUCGAAGGUAAGUUAUUUUGUUAUAUCAUAAAGUUUUUCUUUUUUAUACGCCCACAUCUCUUGACACCCCUGUCCGUCCGUCGGUCGGUCCGUCUGUCCGUCUGCAUUUUCUUAUAA